AAAUUGGUUUUAAAUGCGACAAUUGAAAAUGGAUGGUCAUUUAAUUGGGUUGAAAAAGAAUCAUCAAUUGCAAUGCUUAAAUUUAAAAAUCCAAAUCUUGUAAUACCAAGCCGUCAUACCCUUGGAGGACGUAUAUUAAAAGAUGCUACACAAGAACUUCAUUCUGAAUUAAUAACAAAGGCAACUCAUGAUAUUGUUGGAGUGUCAUUAGCAUUCGAUGGUAUUCAAGAUAUUAGUGCUGAACUAGAUCGAACAACCAAUGUAAUUUCUAAAAUUGAAGUAUUUCUUGAGGAUUUAAAAACUCAACAAAUUAAAGUUGGCACUAUAAUUUCUGAUUCAGCAUCCACAUAUGCAGCAGCACA